CUCCGGCAACACUCCAACAUUUCAUCCACACUCAACCUCAUAUCUUUGUGGGUAUCAUGAUCGGAAAUGUCUAUAGCGGAGCAUCACGCCCGGUGCGUGCAAAAGUUCGAACAACUAUCCGAGCUCGUGGCCGGCAUCUCCGCCCUCCCAACAACUUCCGCAGCCUCGUUAACCACCGAGCAAACAGAUGUGAAUGAAGAGAUAGACCGAUACAUUUUGUGGGCGGAGAAUGUCGGCGCACACCAUUCGGGAUCGAGAAGUACACUUUCCUUGGACUAUCGACUGAGGGAAGCUUCCUUCUACCGCGACCGGGUCCUUGAUCUGAUGAAUGUAUUGGAACGGUACCUAGACAAAAGCAUCGCAGCACUGCUUCCCCCCUCGCAAGCCUACAGUGAAGAGAGUGAGUCUGAAUCGGGAUCCAACUCCUACAUGUUCGACGAAGCAUUCGGGAGCGAGAGACCGUUGGACGAAGAUGCAAGCUCAUCCUGGAAUAUUUCCGACACUGACUCCAACCUGUCAACUGAAAAGUCCCGAGACCAGGUGAUUUCCUCAAUAUCUGCUGAAAAUGAUACGAAUAGAGAUGAUGGUAUUGCCAUUCGGGGUAUCCGUCACACGAUCGAUUGUUUCUUCCAACUACCCCUCCGACGUCCCGCUCCAAUUAAUCGCCUACGCGAGGAAUCAGAGCACGAGCUCCGCUACUACGAGCCCUUUGAUAUUCUCUAUGUCAGAGAUAAAUUCCCGAAUGUUGCAGAACAAAUCACAGCGCGCCUUGGUAAAUUGAUUACACGGCGUCGACAGCUACUGCUUUACAGAAAGAAACAUCAGAAAAACCUGCAAAACACUUCUACUGCAGUCCCUGAGCCUGCUUUGGUUCUUCCUGACAGAGCUUUAACUACUCAUAUAGCUAUUCAAAAGACGGCUGAAGUCGUUGAAGAGGGGACCGUCAGUGAACCCACGAUCCGUGCGGAAAGUCAGAGAACAAAGAUCACGGCUCUUACAAAAGCCACAACUCUUGCGAAUGAUUUUCCUGUGAGCCAUACUGAAGAGUCACGACCAGCAACUUCAAUUGCAGCCAGUGAAACCACUCGCAAAGUCCGCCUCCAUAUCCCUCCACGCCCACUCCUCAAGUCGCAGUCGAGCGAGCCCAUAGUAAACGCCCCUUCAGCAGAACAGCCGAGGCGAGUGGACGCUUUCAAAUGCAACUAUUGCCAACUUCUCCCCACUAUCACCUCUGAUGCGAUGUGGAAACGCCACGUAAUUUCAGAUCUUCAACCAUAUGUCUGCACAUUUUUAGAAUGUGACCUUGCCUCCCAGUUCUUUCCCGAUCGCGAUACGUGGUACGCGCACGAGAAGCAACACCAUCGCCUCGAAUACCACUGCAAUAUAUCCAAUCAUACGCCAUUCGACACUGAGCAAGCUUUUAGUCAACAUAUGAAGUCGACUCACGCGGUUUUGAUUCAGCUCCAUGACUUAGACGCUGUGCGUAAGAUGUUUCUGCGCCCGGUGCAGGCUGCGGGUGGCGCAUGUAACUUGUGUGGUGCUCCUACGAACAACCUGAAAAUACAUAUCUCGCGCCACUUAGAGCAGUUGGCGCUUUUUGCGAUACCCAGGUCAGACUAUACGGGCGGCGAGGGGGACGGUAGAGACGACGAUUCCAAUAUGGCGCGUGAAGAAUCAGAUGGUUCUUCGCCACAAAGCAGCAGUAUCUCAACAUCAUCGGUAACGCAACAGAAGCAGCUGCCAAGGCUGUUUGAACUUCCCCAAUCCGUGUUAUUGGGCAUAAUUGGUUAUCUAACGCUCCGAGAAAGGGCUCGUCUAGCACGUGUGAAUUCAUAUCUUCACACUCAAGUCAGUAUCUUAACCGCCGAGGUGGCCGCAAUGCACGCCAUGCACACCGCCACCCACGCUAUGAAUGAGAUUAUUCAUUCAGAUCAUCAAAAUUCUCAAAUAAAACCAGAAGAGGUCAGCCAAUCAGUGGGGCUAUCUUCGUCAGAAGUAUCUCCGAUCAAUUAUGAUCGCCUUGCCGCCCGGAUAUCCGAUAACAGCAGAAAUCCGGGGGACCACGAUGCAUACUUCAAUACAACAGCCUCUCCCGAUCGAGGUGGUCAGUUUCAAGAUCAAGGACAAUCAUAUCCACAACAUUUAGAGCUCAGUGAAGAAGACUUUGAUUCAGAAAAGCAGGCACUAAACAUCUUGCGGAGAGAAAAGAGAUCAAAAACUAAAAGACUUGCAGCACCGCUGGAAGAGACCAGCUCUGAAGAUUCGGCUAGCUACAAAAGCCCAGGACGCAAAUCAAAAAGCCAAGCAACCUCUAACCAAUCAAAGAAACAAUAUGCGGAACUCAAUUCUACAGAUGACGCUGAAGAUGAAGAUAGUGAUGAGAACAAUCUCAAAUCUCUAGGCUGGCGAAGUCAUGUGGAUCACCGCGAUGUUGAAGAUGAGCCCCCAUCGGGAGAAGUUGAAGAAGAAAUGUACCCACUAAGCCCCCAUGAAAGCAGUUCAUCCAAUGCGCAAGCAGAGGAGAAGAGUAUCCCUGUAGCAGAAAUAGAAAUGGGCAUAACCAGGGAAGUGAUUGGGCAGUGGGAACGAUUCCUCAUGGAAAAAUACUUUAAGGUCUGGCGUAAAAAGUAUGAAAAAACCAAAAGAGAUAGGGAAUUCGUCGAAUCCCUCUUGAUGAGCGAUCUCCGUGAAGAAAAGCGAAGGAAAUCUGAACAUGAAGUAAUAAGUACAACAAGAAGUCCGGGGCUGCAGAAAAUCUCUCACGAUCGCUGGCGGACUGACAUGAACAAUGCCCUGCGACCACGUUCCUCGAUACUCGACCCUCCCGCCUCGUUUAUCGCAAGAUCCAGAGUUUAUCCCCGCAUACAGGGUUUAAAACCCACUGAGAAACCAUUCGAGCAACAUCUACCUUCAAAUCCUGGAAAACAGCCUUCCGACGACACCACUCCAGAUCCCAGCGGCCUCAACGCAAAGCCCUCCUCGAUCUCUUCCUCUCCACGCAGCGUCUCUGGCAAUGUACCUCCAGGCCCAUACGCCCAUCAUAUCCGAAACCAAAGCUUUUCAAAUAAUCCAAUUCAAUUGCUCUACCCAGAAGGCUCCCAUCGCACACCCAUUUGGGAAAAACCACCACGCGCAGACCCUAAAGAAGACUUCGACCCGUCCUCGCCUAUCCUCAAUUCCUCUCAGAAAAGCUGGGUCCGGGUACACCCUGGGGAUCGUGGUGAAGGCGGUUCAGAGGAUCCUCGGGCAGACCUGUCGGAGCUCGAGCUCCCUUCUGAUCCUGAAGACGAACGUUCCCCAGACCUUGCUUACAACGAUCUAUGGCAGUCUGCUAUUAGGGAGGCUGGAGUACUCAGCGAUGAUCAGCAACAGCAACAGCAGCAACAGAUAGGACAAGAAACCCCUGAUGGCGAGGCUGCGACGUCUAGUACCUCGCCUCCGAGUCCUGCGCCAGAUAUCAUGAAAACUAGAAAACGGAUGGGCGAAACGCUGUUUGCGGAUCCGGAGCAUCUCGAUAAGGAAUCUUUUUAA